GACUGCUCUUUUGGUGGUGGGAUUAUACAUAUAUUUUUAGUCUAAAUGACGUAUAAUUGCGUAUACUUCGCCAGCUGUCUGUCUGCAUGUCCGUAUUGGUACUGCUUUCUUGACACCUAUUUUUUAUUAAUAGUUUACGUCUGGAAAGAGGCAACGGUUGAGGGAGGGGGGAAUAGAGGGAAGGUGAGUAAAGGCAGAUAAAAAGAGGGGGCGUGUGAAAGCAAAGCAGUGAUGUAGACAAUCACAUGAGAAGGGAUAUGUUUACAAACUGAGCCGAGGAAGUGUGCUCGUAGCUACGUUGUAAGGAAGCAGUAUUGAGGGCAGGGCAGAGCAGUGAGACCAUCGGAGAGCGGCUGCAUGGGUUAAACAUUAGUGUUAGGCAAAAUUUCUUUAUUUCGAGACCCUCGUCAAGUUAGGAGGAAGGGGAGCAGAUGGUUGAGGCUAGAGCAGAGAGCACAACGCUAGUGCCGGUGUGAGGAGGAGCUUUCACAGGAACACUGUGCACUGCAGGAAGCCAUCGACGUUCUCCUUUGUUUCCCACAGUUGGCAGAGGCAGUUUUUCACAGCAACAGAGGGUAUCUAUGUCGAGAGGAGUAUCCAAGGAAGGUGGAGGCAGGGAGACGGAGAGAGAGAAAAACAGAAGACCUCAGAAAAGCAGGCGUGGGAGGGGUAAGCCUUGUGACAAUGUUUUGAAGGGGAGACAAAGCAAAUUAGCAACUGCAUUCGGUUAGCUGCUUGGGAUUUGGACAGUUUUCUCUCCAUUUAUCCUCUGAAGAAUGACACCAAUGUGUCUUUAACCUGCCAAGAUUGGAUGUCUAACACCUAAAACAACAAAGCUAUGGCCUGGAUGUUGCUUUGUGUAUUUACAGAGCAUCCCUUGCAAUAGGGCUGUUUUUAUUUCUGUUGCCUAUUGUACCUUUCACAAUGUUUUUUUCCAUGUUUUCUGAUGUUGUUGUUUGAUUAUUCGCAUCAAAUCAUCACCCCAAAGAACAGCGUGGAUGUCUACGAUGACUGACUAGUUUUUGUCAUGUUUGAAUGGAGAAGUAAACAUCAUCCACAAAAGGGCAUCUUUGGGAUCUGAGAUUGUUUAUCCCAAAGGAAUUUACUCUAAAAAUGCAAUAAGGCUUGACUAAUCCAUCCUUGUUAUUGAAGACACAGACCCCUUUGACCUUUUGAAAAUAACAUUAUUUUCUGGAAGAAACUGACUUUGAUUGUCCAUCAAAACAAAAACCCAGGAUUGGUUGUGAGUGACUUCAGACAUUUUGACCCCUGUCCACUGAUUCCCUGGAUCUGUCUAGCUGUCUGGAAGCUGAUUUCAUGCACCUGGUUCAUUGGUGCAAUGGAUGUCUGUGCGGUUUAGGAUCGCAAAGCUCAGACCCCUGCUGCAGGAUGACUCUGGAGGACAUCUACCACCUGCCCGUCAACAUUUAUGUCAUCAUCCUGGGCAUUGGCUUCUUUAUCUUCAUGCUCAGCCUGAUUUUCUGCUGCUAUAUGUUCAGGUUAAGGAGACAAGGAACCAGGGAACAAUAUGGAUAUAAUGAGGUUGUUUUAAAAGGAGCCGGAAAGAAAUUGAGUCUUCUUGGACAGACAUGUGCCGUGUGCUUAGAAGAGUUUAAAACCAGAGAUGAGCUUGGAGUAUGUCCCUGCUCACAUGCCUUUCACAAGAAGUGUCUAUUAAAAUGGCUAGAGAUCCGCAGUGUCUGCCCCAUGUGCAACAAACCCAUCUGCCGUGUGCGGCCAGACCCCCCACAGGGUGCAGAGGGGACCCAUAGUCCAAUGGAGGUUUAAGAGGGGAGAGGGGACCCCACCACAGCACACCCAUAACUAUAGUCUCAACCAGCCCCUGCCACCACACCUGAUCCUGAAAACAUCACACCCUGGGCCAGGUGAAGCGAAGCCAGCCGUCCACCCUGACAUCUCCCAUUUAUCCCUAUCUUAGGGAUUUAUAAAAGACACAUCCUUACACCUUUAGAAGGUGUUAGACCUUUGCGGGUGUUUGUGAGAUGAGACUGAAGUAGAAAACCCAUAGAACAUUAUACAGGUCAAACUGAAAAGUGUCCUAAAAUGCAGUGGGUAAAUGACUAGACCCUGUCCAUGACCACCAGACAUCCGCUCCAGAGAAGAAAUGGGGUACUGGAAGAACUAGGAUGCUGUGUUUUGGGCCUUUAUUUCCCAGGUCUCACAGUACAAACCCCUCAUACCAUGUUACCAAGUGAAGAUAUAUGCGAUGUCCUGAUUGGUCGCUGAGUAACGCGGGGUUGGAUGGAAGAGACACACCAUGCCCCCGAUAACAGAUGGUAGUCAUUUUUGAUGUGCCAUGCCUGUGUUCAAAUUGUGUGAUAACUUAAUCUUUUAAUAUAGACCCCUCCUACAGUAAAAGUUUGCCAAUGUAGGAAUUGCUGAAGGUCCUUGUAUAUAGAUGUAAAAUGUUAAGUUGACCCACUAAAAGUGGUAAAUGAAUCCUGCAGCAAUCCCCCCAAAAAACAAUGCAUAAUUGUGUCAGAUUCUAGAUUUAAGUUCUUUAGUUUAAAACAAUGAAUAAAGAUACAGUUCUGCGUAACACUUCCUGUUAAGAGUGCCUUUUUACAGUUUGUUACAAAUUGGCCGUUAGGAUUCACUUAUGUAUGUACACUAGUACACCACACAGGAUAUGUAAAAUUUGAAUAAGCUCAAUGUUAUUACUAGUUUUUAAAUAGGCUUUAGCUAGUUAAAAUGUAUGGGUACUUGUACUUACAUAGUACACAACCCAUCCUGAGAAAAUAACCAUUCAAGUGAGAAAAUAAUCACACUAAUAUACUACAAGAGUGUAUCUUGAGGGAUAUUCAUUGUAAUUAUUGUAGACCUUCAUAGCAUGUUACCUAUGAGCAAUUACAAUGUAAUGAAUACUCAUUACCAAGUGAAAACAGUGGAGACUCACCUGUAACCCAUUGUUACAAUUAAUUACUUUGUACAGUGUAAUUCGGACCCUUACAAGGAAGUGUUAUGAAUUAUGUUUAUUCAAUUCCAAAAGGUGCGCUAUUAAAAAUGUAUUAUGUGUAACUAUUUGUUUUUUUAAAGUGCUGUUUAUUUUUUAAAGUGCUGUUUAUGUCUCAUGCCACCACAAUUGAAGAGUUUCAUCAUUGAAAUAUGUAAUUUCUAAGUUAUUUUCAAGCAAUUGUUUUGUAUUAUAGCUUAAUAAAGUGUAUAGUUUCAGUGAUUUAUGGGCAAACAUAGCAGGGUAUAAACAAAAGUUGAUGAGCAAAGUUGGAGGAGCUGUGUGAAUCUGUGACAGCCAAAACACAGACACCAUAUUCCAACACAUUUGCUGCUACCGUUUAUAAAUGUUUUUCUUCAUUAAUGUCUUAAUAAACCUUUGUAUAUUCCCAUAUAACACUCACAAACUAAAAUGAUGAUUCUAAAA